AUGCAAACAGACAACAGCAGCAGCAGCAGCAACAACAACAACAGCAGCAACAGCAGCAGCAGCAACUGCAGCAGCACCAGAGGGUCUGAAAGUGAUGCAAAGGAACUACAACCAGCAGCAGCAGCAGCAGCAGCACCAGCAGCAGCAGCAGCAACAUCUCUGCCAGUUGUCCCUUCCCGCGUUGCUCGGGGCCUUGGCUUGAUUCAGGCCCGGGGGGCGACGCGUAGCAGCAACAGCAGCAACAGCAGCAACAGCAGCACGAGCAGCAGCAGCAGCAGCCCAUCGAAGCCCCUCAGCAGCAGCAGCAGCAGCAGCAGCAGCAUAGCCAGACACGACGAGCAGCAGCGGCAGCAACGGCAACAGCAGCAACAGCAGCAACAGCAGCAACAGCAGCAGCAAGAGCAACAGCAGCAGCGGCUGCUCCCUCCCUGCGAGUCGUUCCUUGCCGUUGACAGCUGUAUGCAUGGAGAAGCAGACAACUGCAGCAGCAGCAGCAGCAAGACAGCCGCAGCCGCAGCAGCAGCAGCAGCAGCAGCAGCAGCCGGAGAAGCCACAGCGGUGGCGGAUCUAACCAACAGGCGGCUCCUUGAUCGCUGCCCAGCUAGCUGUGCAGCUAUCCAUCUAUCUCUCUAG